UUAAAUAUCAGCAACUUCUGGACGAUUACCCCAAGUGCUUCAUCGUGGGCGCAGACAAUGUCGGCUCGAAGCAGAUGCAACAAAUUCGUAUGUCGCUCCGUGGAAACGCGGUUGUCCUCAUGGGCAAAAACACCAUGAUGAGAAAAGCGAUCCGUGGUCAUAUAGAACGUAACGCGGCACUGGAGAAAUUACUGCCUCACAUCCGCGGUAAUGUCGGAUUUGUUUUCACCCGGGGUGAUCUGAUCGAAGUGAGGGACAAGCUGCUGGAGAACAAAGUACGCGCACCGGCCAGGGCAGGAGCCAUUGCGCCCUUGAGCGUUAUCAUCCCCGCGCAGAACACUGGACUCGGUCCCGAAAAGACUUCGUUCUUCCAAGCUUUGAGUAUCCCGACCAAGAUCUCCAAGGGUACUAUUGAAAUUAUAAAUGACGUCCAUAUCCUCAAGCCUGGCGACAAGGUGGGAGCUUCCGAGGCCACGCUCUUGAACAUGCUGAACAUCUCUCCUUUCUCAUAUGGAUUACUCGUCGAACAAGUAUACGAUUCCGGCACUAUCUUUGCGCCCGAGAUUCUAGACAUCAAACCCGAGGAUCUACGUGAGAAAUUCAUGGCUGGAGUUGCAAACUUGGCUUCGGUUUGCUUGGCGAUUGGCUAUCCUACGGUCGCUAGCGCGCCGCACAGCAUUGCGAACGGCUUCAAGAACCUGCUGGCCAUCGCUGCUGUUACCGAUGUUGAAUUCGCGGAAGCUGCCACCAUCAAGGAGUACAUUAAGGUACGAUAUUGGCACAUUUAUACUCCACAGUUCUUAAUCAACCUUGAAUGAAUAUAAAUGAUGAAAACGUGACGCGUCUGAAGAUCUUGGUCCACGUGUCAAAACUAGAAAUAGUUGAACCCAUUGACGCGUCAAGAUCGUUGUUGAAUGUUGCGCGGAAGCGCAGUCUGAA